GACAGGACGUCAGGAUGGAGUCGUCAGUGAGUACACAUGGGACAGGAGAUUGUCCAGUUAAUUGUACAAAAUCAGAAGAUUUUGCGCCUUCAAAACUCGGAACAAAGGAAUACUGGGAUGGUGCAUACAAGAGAGAGCUGCAGACUUACAAGGAUAUUGGAGAUGUUGGAGAAAUAUGGUUUGGUGAGGAAAGCAUGCAUAGAGUGAUCAGAUGGAUGGAAGCGCAAAAUAUAUCUGAAAACGCUGCCAUUCUUGAUAUUGGAACUGGAAAUGGGAUGUUUCUUGUGGAACUGGCGAGGCAUGGUUUUUCAAGCCUUACUGGAAUCGACUAUUCUAAGGCUGCUGUAGAGUUCACCACAAAUAUUCUGGAAGAAGAGGGCUUAAAAAAUAUAAAUAUUCAGGUGGAGGAUUUCCUGAACCCCAGCACGGAAUUAAAGGGUUUUGAUGUAUGUAUUGAUAAAGGCACAUUUGAUGCCAUUAGUUUGAGCCCAGAGGACAGAGAAGAGGCAAAAAAACAUUAUGUGACGUCUUUAAGAGCUGCCAUGCAGCAUAACGGCUUCUUCAUCAUCACUUCCUGCAACUGGACUAAAGAGCAGCUGCUGGAGAUCUUCACACCUGGUUUUGAAUUUGUGCAAGAGUUGCCCACCCCUCAUUUCCAGUUUGGCGGUGUGACGGGUAACAGUGUGACCGCUUUGGUAUUUCAACGGAUUGACUGAUGUUACACUUUUUUUACUUUAGUAUUUUUUUGUUCUUCUGUUAGGAAAUCUGUUAUGAUUUUUAAUAAUAAACUCUUG